AUGCUAUCAUCAACUGAACAGUAUGCCGACUUCCGGAGCGUGUCUGUGGACAACCUCCCCUUUUUCACCCCGAAGCAGAGUGUACCAGUGGGCACUGCCAUACUUUCGCCGGAGAAUGGUGUUACCGAAGAAAACAUUACCCCGGCCUUCCGUCCUAUUACAAUCCGCAGUCUAACUUUCCAAAAUCGCAUAUGGGUAGCGCCUAUGUGCAUGUACAGUUGUGAAAAUGGCUUGUUCAGCGAUUUCCAUGUGGCGCACUAUGGACAGUGGGCAAUAAGAGGCAGCGCUCUGAUAACCAUUGAGGCAGCAGCCGUGACCAAGAGGGGUCGGAACACACCUCAAGAUGCUGGAUUGUAUUGCGAUGAGCACAUUGCGCCGUUGAAGAGGGUGGUCGAUGUGAUUCACUCCCAGUCACAAAAGGCAGCCAUUCAACUUCAACAUGCCGGUCGAAAGUGCGGCGUGUGCCCUCCAUGGCUAGGACUGCGUUUGGUUCCCGACAGAUUUGGCGGCUAUGCAAAGGACGUCCAAGCUCCUACCGCAGAGCCCUGGAAUGAGAACUACACCACCCCUAGUGAGAUGACAGAGGACGAGAUCCUGGAAACUAUCCAAGCGUACGGGCAAGCCGCCGCUAGAGCCGUCAAGGCCGGUAUCGACGUUAUUGCGAUUCAUGGUGCACACGGCUACCUUGUGCAUUCGUUCGCCUCGCCGGCGACCAAUAAACGAACCGACAAAUGGGGAGGUAGUUUUGAGAACAGGACCAGGUUUGGUAUUGAAAUCAUCCGUGCCGUGCGACAAAAUAUACCCAAGGACAUGCCCAUCUCCUGGAAGAUAUCCGCAGUGGACUGGCUCCCUGAAGGUGAAGGGUGGGAACUAAAUGACACCCUCCGAUACGCCCCCAUUCUUGCUGCAGAAGGGGUGGACUUGAUCGAUGUGUCUAGCGGUGGAACAGAUCGGCGACAACAAGUUCAGCUCGGCCAGCAAUACCAGGUUCCUUUCGCCAAGGCCGUCAAAGACCUCGGGAUUCCCAAAUUGUUUGUUGCAGCCGUCGGCAUGAUACGAGACGGUGCUACUGUCCACGAUAUCUUGAGCCACAACAAAGCUGAUGUCGUUCAUGUUGCGCGCGAAUUCCUCCGCGAUCCCAACUUUGUACAGCAGGUCGCCCUCUCGACUGGGACGGAGGUCACAUGGGUCGAUCAAUACCAUCGUGCUCCAACCCUGUAUCACCCCGACCCUGCACUUCCAGCCGCGUGGAAUUUGGGUGUUGAUACCAGAGGUGGCGCCGGCUGA